UUGCUGCUCUCCAGCCUCAACUCACACAUCUGUAAAGACUCGGCUGCACCUCUUGAAGUGUGUCAACUGACUGCUGCUGCUUUUACACAUCAGGACAUCAGGCGCUACAUGAUGAUGGCUUCCUUCAUGUGCAAGACACUGGCUUUUUUUGUCAUCUGCAUGGCUCUGCAAGAGGGUUGUGGACUCCCCUUAUCAGAGCAGGCUAAGCUGCCAGCUCAGGCUCCACAUCCACACAGAGUCAGGACCAAACGCUGCUCCUGUAACAACUGGGAUGAUAAAGAGUGCAUCUACUUCUGCCACCUGGAUAUUAUCUGGGUCAACACACCAAGUAAACUCCUUCCUUACGGCCUUGGAAGUCCCCUGUCUCGCCGCCGCCGUUCCGCUGAACGGUGUGAAUGCCUCAACCCAGCCGAUAAAACCUGCUCCGGCUUCUGCCACAAAAGCUCAGAGAUUCCAAGUUCAACUACUGUGGGCCCAUCGGUAGAAUCUGCAAGCACAAACAGCAAUAAAUUGCUGGCCUCUCUCAGAUCUGUGGUUAAGUCCAACACUGCGAUCGCACAGGAGAUUCUGUCAACACAUGAGAAAUUGAGUGGAGUAAACAGGCUGAGGAGCUUAACAAGGAGGUAGAGGACUAAGUGAAUGCCAGAAGUGGUUCAACCUCAAUGGAUUCAACCUCCAUGGGUCGCUGACUCCUCCAGCUACAUUCAAUGCCAACCAAGGUUGCGAAUUGUGUCAAAAGUCUUAACAACUCUAGGGCUGCAGAGGUGAAAGGUUGGAAGGCAAAAGAGGCAGUCAGUCAAGCAUUUGAUCAACAAAGCAUCAGAGGACCGGCAGCUCACCAAGCCAGAAGCCCUAAAGCAGGAACAAUGUUGGGUGGAAACAUUUAAAGUCAUUUCUUGAACUCUCUUUGAACUAAACAGAUACCAAGGAAGGAUCAACUGUAGCCAAGAACAUGGAAACUUUUAUCCAUCCUUUUGUGGACCAAAAUCAAGAAAGUUUACAAUGACCGGUCUCUGAUCUGCCAGUCUUGGUUUCUGUGGACAUAACUCUUAUGACUCGUCUGAAAGGACAGUUUUAAACCCACAACUCACCUUUACUGAGGAUUAUAGGAUCAUCACAUAUUCCACAGUCACAUCAAAUCUGUAUUUAGUUGGAAAUUGUUUGUCAAUGUUUACUCAUAUGUCCUUGAAAAUAUUGUGUCAUUGUAGACCUUUGGUUCAGUUUAAUAUUCCUCUGUAUCAGAGCUAGAAUCUGCUGUCCUGCCUAGUGUUUAGGACAAAGAAGCAAAUUGCUUUUUAAUGAUCAGGCAGUACUUGAAAAUGGCAGCUCGAUCACGCUUGGCCCACACAGCCUUAGUGUAAUGAAGGUCAUCUCUUUUGGAUUCAUCCCACAAACAAUUAGCUUUAUACAAGGUCCAUUGCACGCACACACACACACACACACACACACACACACACACACACACACACACACACACACACACACACACACACAGUCAACUUGCUCCAUGCAUAACAACAACAGUAGGUCUAUUGUGUUGGCAGGAGUGUUUAUUGCAUAGCUCCUGUUUAAUGUUUUGAUUGAAGAUAAGCCAAAAGGUUUCAAUGAUGUGCAGCUUGUCAAAAAAAUGCAACAAUUGUUUUUCUCCCCUGACUAAUGUUCUCUUAAUUCUUCUGUAAUUAGCCACUAGGACACGACGACCCUCGACUUGUGUUAUGCAGCUAUUUGCAAUCUAUUUAUCUGUGGCCUGCACUUUUUUCUUCUUCGUUUCACUCCAUCUGCCGUGUUUCAGAAAAUAUUCACCCUCAAAUAUCUCAGUGCUGUUAACGAUGGAUAGUUUACCGGCUUAGAAGUUUACUGUUAAACGCUGAAUUGUAAAUAGAACAAUUUAUUUAUUCUCUAACUUAUUCGGAGAUGUAUUUAUAUUUGUUUGAUGCACUGAAUUUUCUAUGAGAAAAUAAAAAUGCAAGAAAAU